UUCAGUUACUAAGCAACGCUUGGGGCUUUUGGUUGCCGAGGCGUAAAGGAGAAGAAUCACUCGUAAAUAAUCAUUUUAAAGUGCAGAUUUUAAUGCUUUAAUCGGUAUUCUGUGGCGUGUCAUGGUGAAGUUAAGAGCGAGAUGUGUUGUCGUGGGUGACGCUGCAGUAGGGAAGAGUUCAAUCUGUCACAUGUUCAGAAGUGAUGGAGCUGUGUUUCAGAAGAAUUACAACAUGACUGCUGGUGUGGAGCUGCUGGAGAAAUCAGUGUCUGUUCCAGAGUCCAGUGAUAGUGUGGAGUUUUUUAUCUAUGAUUCUCCCGGACGAGAGCUGUUUGCAGACGCCUGUGAGAAUGUGUGGGGUCAACCAUCUGUGAUGUGUGUGGUUUUUGACAUUACCAGCGAGGCCUCAUUCACCAGCUGUAGUCACUGGGUGGAGAGAGUCCGAUCUCACUGUAAUGGGCUGCAGGUACCAGGUGUGCUGGUGGGUAAUAAAUGUGACCUGUCAUUCAGAAGAGAGGUGGACAGCGCUGAAGCUCAGACGUGGGCUCAAACUCACGGGUUUCAGUAUCACGAGACAUCGGCAAAAGAAAUCGGACAGUUUGAAGCUCCGUUCCUAAGUUUGGCGCAGAUGUUUCACAGCCUCUAUCAGGAUCAGAUACAGACCAUCAAGAAUGUCCUCUAACCUCGUCUGAUCUCAUUCAGGAAUGUUUUGUACAUAUCAGUGUCAAGCCGUGUUUUUAUAACAGUGAAAGAGUGAUCAGACGCUUAUGUUCGGUUGUAAUUUCAUGCUGAUAUGUUUAAUAAAGAACAUGUUUGUGAUAACACAGA